AUGGCGUCAGGGGACAACGAGUAUCGGCCCAUGGUCACUUGGAUGUACGACCUGAUCCUCUGGUUUCUAUCUCUCCUGGUCGACCUCUUCUUCCGUGAAGUGCAUCCUCGCGGCUCAUGGAAGGUCCCCAAGAGAGGGCCGGUGAUUCUCGUCGCGGCUCCCCAUGCGAACCAGUUCGUGGACUCCUUGAUCCUGAUGCGAGUUAUGCGCAUGGAACUUCACCGUCGAAUCGCCUUCCUGAUCGCUCAGAAAUCGUUCAAACGGCGCUUCGUCGGUCUUCUUGCUCGGUUCACUGGUUCUGUCCCCGUAACUCGAGCAAUGGAUAACUUGAAGCCGGGAAAGGGUACAAUCUACCUACCUGACCCGGUGAACAAUCCUACUCUCCUCCGCGGGCACGGAACGGACUUUACAUCCUCUGCGUUCGAGGUUGGCGGAAUGAUAUCCUUGCCGUCGGUCGGUGGACGGUCGAGCAGUACUGAUAUCGGCGAGAUCAAGGGGCCGGAGGAGAUUAUUUUGAAGAAGCCGUUCAAGACCCAGCAGGCGUUGCAGCAGUUGACCGGAAGAGACGACGUUGAGGAGGACGGAACCUUUGUAGGAGGUGCAGAUGUCAAGAGUCCGCCAGACUUCAAGGGCUCGAGGUUCAAGAUCGCACCCCAUGUUGACCAGACUCAGGUUUAUAACGCUGUUUUCGAUACGUUGAACCAGGGAGGGUGUAUCGGUAUCUUCCCAGAGGGUGGGAGUCACGAUCGUCCGGAUCUGUUGCCGUUGAAAGCCGGUGUUGCUCUCAUGGCACUUGGAGCGGUGGCUGCCAAUCCUGACUGUGAUGUGACCAUCAUCCCAUGUGGAAUGAACUAUUUCCAUGCACACAAGUUCCGAUCUCGCGCAGUUAUUGAAUUUGGAAACCCCGUCAAGGUGCCUCCGGAGCUGGUCAAGAUGUACAAAGAGGGCCAGAAGCGAGAGUCAGUAGGGACGCUCCUAGAUACCAUAUACCAGGCCCUAGUCACCGUCACCGUCACAUCUCCCGACUAUGAAUCUCUCAUGGUCAUACAAGCUGCCAGGAGGCUCUACAAUCCUACGGGGAAGAAGCUGCCUCUUCCGAUGGUUGUCGAGCUCAACCGCCGCCUGGCCAAAGGUUAUGCCCAUUACAAAGAUGACCCUAGGAUAAUCAGUCUGAAGAAGUCUGUGAUGGACUACAACAAGCAGCUUCGCAUCCUAGGCAUCCGAGACCACCAGGUGCAGUAUGCCAAAUUCUCGAUCUUCAAAGUCGUCGCCACCCUCAUCUACCGACUGGGCAAGCUGGCCGUCAUGGCCAUCGGGACCCUGCCCGGCCUCAUCCUCUUCCUUCCAGUGUUUGUCGCUACGAAGCUCAUCUCCAUCAAGAAAUCUCGUGAGGCGCUGGCCGCAUCGAGCGUGAAGAUCCAAGGCCGCGAUGUGAUGGCGACGUGGAAACUGCUCGUUGCCCUGGCCUUUGCUCCGCUGCUCUACACCUUCUACACCGUCCUGCUCACCUACUGGGCCUACAGCCAUCGUGUAUGGGGAUACGUCCCUGACUGGGUACCUCUCUGGACCAUCGUGCCACUCGGCUUCUGGAUCUUCCCAUCCAUCACCUUUGCGGCUCUCCGAAUCGGAGAAAUCGGCAUGGACAUCCUCAAGUCACUCCGUCCGCUUGUCCUAUCGCUCAACCCCAGUUCGGCAAACACGCUGGUCAGGCUGCGUGAACGACGAGCCGAGCUGUCCAUCCAGGUGACCGACCUGAUCAACACGCUCGGCCCAGAGAUGUUCCCGGACUUCGACUCCUCCCGAGUCGUCUCCAACCCGUUCAAGGACACCAUCUUCCGCGAGGACCUGCCUUCCAAGGCCCUGGGCUCACUUGACGACAACGACGAGCACUUUGAAGACGACGGCCGUCCACGCAUCAUCCACCGCUCGCACACAGACAUGCAGGACCAGCUCCCUCGCAACGAAUCCUUCCACGACCUGGCCAGCUUUGGCUUCUUCUCUACCCGCCCGUCCAGUCGGAGCAGAAGCCGCAGCAGCUCCAACGGCGGGCUCAUCGGCUCCUCUGGCUUCCCGCUGAAGGAGUUUAGCACCCUCGACACAAAGGAGAGCUUCGAUGAAGUGAGUAAGCGUAUCCGCGGAGCCAUGCGUGAGCGAGGACGACAACGACGCCGCAAGAGCGAAGACUCGAACAUGUGGGAGGCUGCUUCGGACUCUGGCUCCCCCUCCCCAGAGAACAGGAAGGACGUCUAG